CAGUCAGUUAUCAGCCUCCCAGUGAUCACGAUGAAGCUUCUACUGGCUCUCGCCGCUUUAGCGUAUAUGGGAUGGGCUUCGCCAGUAGAGAAGCGCCUCGGUGUGCCUCUACAAGCUGAAGACGACUGUAAUCCAUACAUUGGAGCUCUCAACUUCUCGGCUGAUACAACCGAUUGCCAGGUAUUCUACAUUUGCGACCACGGGUGGCCAAAAAUCCGCCAUUGUCCAUCAGACACUAUAUGGACACCGGCAGUUAGUAGAUGCAUGGGCAAAUACGAGGCUGUGAACAAUGAUUGUAAUUACGAGGCUCCACAGAAGCCGACGGCCACGGUUGAUACGAUUGACGUUGUUGCUUGUUUGGAGCACACAUCGCGCUGCAAUGGCCGCGUUGAGUGCGAGGAUGGGUCAGAUGAACAAGGCUGCGCUUCGGUCUGUGAUCCCUCUACCUGCAGGCUGCCCGAUUGUAAAUGCAGCGACGCCGAGAUCCCAGGUGGAUUCCUUGCUAGCGAGAUCCCACAAAUGGUGCUGCUUGCGUGGGACGAAGCUCUGAGGGUUGAGGAUUACAACCAUCUUCUUCAGCAGAUAUUGAAAAAGGUGACUCGACAGCGACGAAGAGAGCCUAGAAAGAAUCCCAAUGGUUGUCCAGCCGUUGCUACUUUCUUUACCAGCCACCAGUUCACUGACUACGCUGCUGUACAGAGUCUAUAUUCUGAAGGCAACGAGUUUGCUGCUCAUUCUAUCACGAAGAGGACACCGGCUGCAUUCUGGGCCGAAGCUUCUGAUGAGGAACUCGCUGCUGAGUAUUCGGGCCAGCUUGUGCAGUUCAACAAUCUGGCUGGUAUCCCCCCGAAUGACAUCCACGGUAUUAGAUCUGCUUACCUCCAGACGAAGGGCAACGACUACAUUAAGCUCAUGCGCGACGAAGGAUUUACAUACGACUCUUCCUAUGCUACCAACCAAAUGGAUCCUCCUUACUGGCCGUACACCUUCGACUACCUAUCCAGCGCUGGCUGCGCCAUCCCACCGUGUGUAACCGAACCCGUUGCCGGCUUCUGGGAAAUUCCCCUGGUAGACUGGCUGGACACCAACGACACCCUGUGUGAGAACGUUGACAGCUGCUACUUCCCCGCUGACAAGGUAGAAGCUCUCGCCUUGCUGAGGAGCAACUUCCUUCGCCACUACAAGAGCAAUAAGGCUCCAUUUACGCUGAAUCUCCGUGCAAGGUGGUUUCUGAAUGAUGGCUAUCACAAUCUGGAGGCCCUGCAGGAAUUUCUGGACGAGAUUCAAAACAACCUGGAUGUCUACCUGGUCACCUACAGUCAGGCGCUUGCGUGGAUCAAGAAACCCGUGAAGCUUUCUAACAUCCUGAGCUCGGAUGUGUUCGCGUGUAAAUAUGACGACCGCACCCCACUCUGCGAGCAUCCCAACCUUUGUGGGUACUAUAACAUCACCCACGAACCCAACGACGAGGAACAUCCAGGUGACAGGUUCUUCCAGACCUGUGCCGACUGUCCGGCUGCUUAUCCGUGGGUGGACAACCCAGCAGGCACAGCUUAGAUCAUCGCCCACCAUACAGCUGAUGACAUGGAGCGUCCCCACAUAAGAUUUAAGGAUAUAUUCUUAUACAUAUAUUGUGAAACUUGCAUAUCUUCUGGAGCGUAUUUAAAAUAGGAAAUUAAUAUAUUAAUCUGCCUAAUGUCUGGUUACUAUUUAAUACUUCUUCAAUACUCGCGAUUGAGUCUCGACUGCUGUCCGCAUAGGCGCAAUUGGAAUGUUUAUUUGCAACGCAUGCAUUUACUUGUAUAUAUCAGCAAAGUUCAGAUUAUCUGUACAGUAGUGUCUAAAUUAGAAAAGCUUUGCCUGCAGUAUAUAGCACGAGAACAUGAGCAAAUUAUAACCAGUUUUGCUAACCCAUUACUUAUAUAAAGUCUAUGAUGCCGAUGCUUUAGCAAGUUUGAAAAUAGACUGCAGUAACGUAGUAAACGUCCAACAAGUUGCUGCCCAUAUGCUGACAAGUUCUAUUAUAUGUGUUGAUACUUUUGCUGUAAAUAAUAUGUAUUCAUUUACUAUCUGCAUGCAAAUGAAGACGUCAAAAUAAAAGUCUUCCCC